AUGGCCACCACCUUUUCAGGGCAGGAACAAGAGGUGCAGUAUGCAACCCUCAGCUUCCAGAAGAGGAAGCCUCAGGACACUGCAGGACACGAGGCCACAGGCAAAGAGUACUCGGAGAUCAAGAUCCACAACUCUCAGUUCCAGAGAGAAGAACCCGGAGGAGCAGACUGUCCCUGGCGGCCCUGGCACCUGUGCCCAGACAUGCUGCUGCUGCUGGCCCUGCUCUGGGGGACGGGGACGGCGGGGGUGGAGGGAUGGGGAGGGGACAGGGGAGGUUACAGGCUGCAAGUGCAGAGUGUGGUGACGGUGCAGGAGGGCAUGUGUGUCCGUGUGCCCUGCUCCUUCUCCUAUCCCUCAAGUGGCUGGACUGACUCUGACCCUGUUCAUGGCUACUGGUUCCGGGAAGGGGCCGAUGCAUUCCAUGGUGCUCCCGUGGCCACAAACAACCUAGCUAGGACAGCGCAGGAGGAGACCCAGGGCCGAUUCCUCCUCCUCGGGGAUCCCAGGAGCAACAACUGCUCCCUGAGCAUCAGAGACACCAUAAGGAGGGACCAGGGCUCAUACUUUUUUCGGAUGGAGCGAGGAAGGUUGAAAUGGAGCUAUGCACAAAACAAGCUCUCUGUGCAUGUGACGGCCCUGAUGCCGGACAUCCUCCUCCCGGGGGCCCUGGAGUGCGGCCGCCCCAGCAAGCUGAGCUGCUCUGUGCCCUGUUCCUGCCAGCAUCAGACUCCCCUCAUCUUCUCCUGGGUGGGGGCCUCUGUGUCGCUUCGGCAACGCACCACUGGCUGUUCCUCGGUGCUCACAAUCACCCCUCAGCCCCAGGACCACGGCACCAGCCUCACCUGCCAGGUGACCUUGCCUGAGGAUGGUGUGACAAGAACAAGGACCGUCCACCUCAACGUGUCCUACUCUCCUCAGAACUUGACCGUGACUGUCCUCCGAGGAGACGGCUCAGCACCCACUGUCCUGGAGAAUGGCUCAUCUCUGUCAGUCCUAGAGGGCCAGUCCCUGAGUCUGCUCUGUGCUGUCAGCAGCAACCCUCCUGCCAGGCUGAGCUGGACCCGUGAAAGCCUGACCCUGUACCCCUCACAACCCUCGGGACCUCUUUUGCUGGAGCUGCCUCGAGUGCACCUCAGGGAUGAAGGAGAAUUCAUCUGCCGAGCUCAGAUCCCUCUGGGCUCCCAGCACGUCUCCCUGAGCCUCUCCCUGCAGCGGAAACCGGGGCCCGUGGCAGAGGUGGGUCUGGUGGCCAUCGUGGGAUCUGCUGUGAAGAUCCUGCUUCUCUGCCUCUGCCUCAUCUUCCUCAGAGUGAGGUCCCGCAGGGGGAAGGCGGACCGGACAGCAGGGUCCAUGGAGGAUGUAGACAUUGUCACGGGCUAA